GCGGGAGUUCUUCGGCACGAUGGAGGUGGUGAGGGAGCUCUCAUGCUGGGUGGCGCAGGCCUCCCUCAUCUGGCAGGGGAUCGAGGUCAAGGACUGCGAGGGCCUGCCAGAGGGCAGCGAGCGGAGGGCUGUUUCCUUCGCCGUACCCGUGGUGGAGCCUGCCCGCCGCCGCCAGGUCGACUCGGGUUCGGGCGACGGGUGGGCCUCGGCGGCGCGCGCUGGUGGAGUAUCCCUCGGUGCGACGGCCUUCGUGUUCGCUGGCCACGUCCUGGCCUUCGCCAAGUGCGGGGAGGGCGCCGCCGAGCAGGAGCUGAUGGCGUGCACCCACUGCGGGGCGUACGCGCGGCUUGGCGGGCGCUCAGGCGCGGCGCCCAAGCUCAAGGAGCAAUGCCCAGGGUCUGCUGGGCUUCCCAAGGGCAGGCGCGACCAGAAGGCACGCUGGCUGCAGGGGCGGCAUCCUGCUGGCACGCCCCACAGCGGCAACAAGCGGGUCGGCGCGGCGGUGCCCAGCCUUCGCAAGGAGGACGUGGUGCCGAUGGACGCCAGGGUGCGCUUCCUGCAGUGGCUGGGCGUCCGUCCCGAGGACGGUGCCCCUGGUGGCGAUGCCGCCAGCGCCAGCCACGGGCCCCCCAGCGGCGCGCCGGCCGCUGGCGAGGCUGCGGCGGCGCCGCUGGUGCCUGGCCCCGCGGGGGCCUCGAGGGAGGCAUGGCUGAGCGCCUACGGCCUGGACGAGGCGAGCCUUCUCGAGUGGUCGGCCGCGGCUGAGGAGGCGCGCGAGGACAGGUCAGGCCUGUUUGGCUUUGGCAAUGCGUGCGCUGACCUCACCUCGUGGUUCGUGAGGCCCCGUUGGUUGGCUCUGGAG